UUAUAUGAUUUGGGUCAUUGAUAUUCUAAAUGAGUGAAUUUGGUUACGUAAGUAAAUUGAGUCCUUCCGUCUGAGUUUCGUCCAAUUAUUUAUUAUGUCCCUCUAAGAUAGCUCAAGUGGUAGGAGUCGUAGGACAUAUGAGUUGGGUAGGGGGAGGUCAAGGGAUCGAUUUCUAACCGUUGUAAUUUAUCUUUCCGAUAUACCUAGGGGGAAGAUAAUUUACCGCUUAAUUAAUACAGAUUUAGCUACUAUUAGGCGUGUUAGCCGCGAAGAUCUCAUUAUGUAAAUUUGUGUCGGACUUCACAACGAAAGCAUUCCCUCUCUAACCUCCAUCACUAACCCCAUCUCUUAGUCAAAGGUUUUGUGACAGAUUGAUUCUCCGUCGCAAAAAACCAGUUUCACCUCCAAAACGAAAAGCUCACACCCUUAUAGGCAAAUAGGUUUCGUUUGUACCAAUUGAAUGGACAAUGGAAACCAGAAGCAACGAUUGUGAGAAUGGCAAUGCGUGUUCUUCUUCUGCAGUGAAACUCAGUGAUUGUAUUGAAGAGCUUGUCAAGUUCACUCUCUUCUCUCGCUCUCACCUCAACCUUCUCAAUCUCUCAACUCAAUUUUGUUCUACCCUUCUCAAAGAUGACCCUGAACCCUCACCCUCUUCACAUUCACACCCUCAAGAUGGUUUGCAAGGAGUGCCGUCGUAUCCGUUGUACAAGCGUCUUGCUUUAGCUUUGUUGAGGUGUAUUGAUACUGGAACAUUUUGGAGUCCAGGCUAUAAUGUAGCCAUGGCUCAUGAAUUGGAGAGUUGUUCUCUGCAGCAGAAGUAUAAUGAGUGGCACAAAUUGAUUGUAGAGAAGGGGUCUGAAAUAGUUAAUAUUUUGAAGAGUGUUCGGUUGGAACUCCAUGUUCAAGAGCCUUUUCUUACACAUUUGAAAGAUGGCCUGAAAACAAUUGAAGGGAGGUGUGCCCGUGGUAAACACAACAGGAUUGAAGUAGGAAAUCUGAUUCUCUUCAAUGAGUCUCUGGUGUUUGAAGUUCAGGGAGUAAGGAGGUAUGCUUCAUUCUUUGACAUGUUGGAGGCAGAAAGCCUUGAAAAAGUUCUUCCAGGAGUUGAAAGUGUUGAAGAAGGUGUAAAGGUCUAUCGGAGGUUUUUUACAGAAGAGAAGGAACGUGAAAAUGGUGUUCUUGCAAUCAUUUUUUCAAAACCUGCCCUUCAACCUUACAUAUCUCUGGCUAGCUUAUUUUCUGGACUAAAGUAUGAGGGUGUUCAAGGCCUUCUAGGUAUAAUUCAUACUAGGGGGACAGUUCCUAAUGCACUUCCACCACCAAGAUCAUCUCUAUUAGCAUCGUUUAAUUUGCCAUGCAAUCCAAAUGAAAUUUCCUUGAGUACUGGAGCUCGUGCGUUAGCCAAACAUGCUUUUAGGAGUAGCAGUGGUUAUUGGGGUUCUCUGGAUGGGAAUGAUUCUAAUAAAAAUAGGCUUGCAAUGAAUGUCAUUAACCACUUAAUAACACAUUGUUGCUGGCUGAAUAUACAUAUUGUCCCACCACAUGGAGGUGUCUUUGAAAUAAGGGUAGCGGAAGGAUAUGGUGCACGUUGGACAGAAGACGGAAGUAAGUUUAUUGGAUUUUUAGAGCCCUACAUGCAAGAUGGUCACUCAAAGGGAUGGAAGCACUAGUUUUUCUAGCCAGAUUGGCAGUGCCAGACCACACCAAGUACACCUUGUGACAGAAUUCCAGCAUUUCCUGUUAGCUUGUGUGGUAGUAUUUGUUUUCUAUCUCUACUUUCAUGCAUGGUAACAAGUAACCAUAGAUGAUGGAGUUAGUAUGAAUGUUAUGUUUGGAUAGUUGUUGGCACCAGUGCAAUUGGACGUUAGCACUCACUUCGAGACAAAAGUUAAUGAAACUCUUCUUAUAGAUUGGGAUGAAGUUUAGCACAAGUAGUUGUACUUUUAAGAAAUUUCCAUUAGUGCAUGUAGUUUCUUUUUCUUUUUUUUCUUAGGGGGGGGGGGGGGAGGGUGGGGUGCAAGUUUAGCACAAGUAUUGAGUCAUUAAAUGUUACUGGUAAGUUCCAUUUUGGCUUCUUCCUAUCCUAUUGAUAUGAUAUUUAUUAUGGUUUUGGCCCCUUCAGAUUGCCAUAUUGUGUGGGCCUUA